AUGUAUCUCCGCGAAUCCAUUGCUGUGGCUGCUCUUGCGGCAGUCCCCGUGCUGGCAACUUCCAGCAGUGUCAAUGUGUAUUGGGGACAACAGGGCAACGGAGACCUGGCCACGGCUUGUCAGGAUCCUUCCGUUGACUACAUUACUCUGGGCUUCGUCAACAUCUCACCAGAGAACGGAGGCCCUACUGAAUACCCCGGCACAAACUUUGGUGCGCACUGUUGGGCAGAAAAGUACAGUGCCGACGGACACACAUCCGAGCUGCUAUCCACAUGCCCCUCUCUCACCCCGGGCAUUGCAGUCUGUCAAGGCCUUGGAAAGAAGGUCCUCCUCUCCAUCGGCGGUGAAUAUGGCGUCUCCAGCAACUAUACGGUGUCCAGCCCUGAGAACGGAGUCGCCUUUGCCGAAUUCGUCUGGGGCGCCUUCGGCCCGUACACUGAAGCUUGGGCAGGCAAGCCCAGGCCUUUCGACGACGGAGACAAGCACAAUGCCGUUGAUGGCUUCGACUUUGACCUCGAGUCCUCCUCUUCUGGUGAUGAAGGCUACGCGGCCAUGAUCGACACCUUGAGAGCACUGAUUGUUGUGUCUGGACGAAACGAUAUCAUCACCGCCGCUCCCCAGUGCCCGCUCGAGGCUAAGUGGCAAACCAUGACAUACCUGCUUCAGAAUGUGCAGUUUGACCGCCUGUGGAUUCAGUUCUACAACAACGAGCUUUGCAGUCUCUUGAACGCAGAUGGCACCCCAAACCCAGGCUUCAACUAUGCCGAUUGGGAGAAGUACCUCGCCAAUACCCCAAGCAAGGAUGCCAAGCUCCAUAUCGGUCUUCCGGGCAGUCCAGCUGCUGCCGGCAGCGGUUAUGUGGAUGCUUCUGUCGCUAGUACUUAUCUCUGCAAGUACGGCGACUAUCCAAUGUUCGGCGGUGUCAUGGUUUGGGAUCAAUGGUUCGCGUCUCAGAACACCAUCGACGGCGCUUCUUAUAACCAAGCCCUGUACGAGUCCAUGAAAUGCGGAUGCAAGGCGUGCCCAGUCCCGACAAGCACGGUCUCAACAUCAACGAUUGCUUCUUCGACCGCCGCGACCACAAGCCUGUCUACGGUCCCACCAGUCACUAUCACAUCGUCGACAGCGCCCGCCUCCACACCAACGUGCACUGGGCUUUCUGGCUGGGACAAGGAUGGCACCAACAUCGGUUUCUACGCCGACGCGGUUUCAGCAACCUACAGCGGCUGCCUCGCUCUCUGUGAUGCUAACGAAGCCUGUCUCAGCUUCGGUGUUCUCUCCACCCCUGCUUGUGCUCUCUACAACUAUGCUGUGGAGGGCAACGUCGUUGCGGGCGCGAGCUCUGGCAACACUUUCUACAACAAGGGUGGCGUCUGCCCGCAGCCUUCAAGCAGCAGCUCAGUGGUGACGUCUGCCUCUGAGACGACUGCCCUCUCAAGCUCGAGCGCCUCUAUUGAGUCGUCUACAGCACUUUCCACGACCUCGGACGCUAGCAGCUCCUAUACCUCAGAGACCAGCACAUACUCUGCGACAACUCUGACAACGUCAAGCGCUGAGAGCGCCUCUACCUCGGAUGCUAGCAGCUCCUAUACCUCUCAGAACAGCACGUACUCUGCCACAACUCUGACGACGUCAAGCUCCGAGAGCGCCUCCACCUCAGAGGUUACAAGCACAGAGGCGCCUCCCGUGACAUCUGAUACAGAAAGCGUCAGCCUCAGCUCUACUGCGAGCUGGAGCAACAUCACAUGGACCACUGCGACAAGCACCUCAGAGGCGCAGACUGCCCCUACCACUAUAACCAGCAGCAGCGUUCAUCUGUCGACCAGACCUCCUCACACAUCAUGGUCUAACACCACCUGGACAUCCCACGGGCCGAGCUCCACGUCAGAGACAAUUGAAUCACCUACCACCCCAAUUACAUCGACCACGGUGGCAACUGAGCCGACCGGCCCAGGUAACGGCGGGCACACAACCGAGACGUUCUACUCAACGACUGUCCUGACCGUCACCUCCUGCGCUCCAACCGUGACAGACUGCCCGGGUACUCCACACGUCACCACGUCCAUCAUUCCAGUCACCUCAACUGAUGUCCUUGUGCCGACUCCAGGUGAUGAUGAGACUGUCACCGCCACUGUCGUGCCAAUCACUUCCACAUCUGCUGGGCCCAUUCCUGGCGGCGAGCAUCUGACCACGAGCACCAUCUACAGCACCACGGUCUACACAGUCACGUCGUGUGCCCCGGCCGUGACCGACUGCCCCGGCAAGAUUGGCUCGGUGACCACGCAAAUCAUCGCCAUCUCGACGACCGUCUGCCCCGUCACCGAAGGUGGCCACAUUGUUCCCACCCCGCCCGCUGAGAACGGUGGCGGCGGCGGCUCGACUCCCUCCGAGACAAAGCCUGCCGGCUCCGGCCCCAGCCCUUCCAGCCCUGCCCAGAACGAAGGAAGCAGCCCCAACCCGCCAACCCCAGCCGGCGGAGAGGCCUCCCACCCCAGCCCUUCUACGCCGGCCGGUGGUGAGGGAUCCUACCCCAGCCCGCCCGAGGAGACCGAGGAGGGGACUACUACCUCCACUGUCACGACAAAACUGCACAGCACCAUCACCCGCCCUGUCGUGUCGGUCCCGACCGCUGGCAACGAGGGCUACGCGCCGCCGCCUGUCAACAACGCCGGCCCCGGACCCAGCCACGGCUUCGGCAACAGCACCGCGACGAAGACCUUCAGCCUGGCGACGGUCAAGCCAACCGGCGCCGGCGUCCCUGCGCCUCAAAACACGGUGGUGACUGCUGGCGCUGCACGGGGUGUUGUUGGCGCCGGCCUGACGGUUGUCGUCGGUGUCAUGGCUUUCAUGCUGUAA